CAAUCAUGGGCAAAAACUUGGGAACAUAAGGGAAUUUUGGGUUUUUGCUCUCUGUUGUUGAGACUGAAACAAGAGAAAGCACAGAACUUUACCCCAAAGAUCUUCCCUUUUUAUUCUCCUCUGAGAAACCCCUCAAUCUUGUUCUUGUUCCAGUGUUUGGAUCUGCACUUUUUGCAGGUUUCAUUCUCGGGAACGAAGGUCAAUACCAAUUUUUCUCUCGCUGCUUCCUCUGGUUUUUCCCGCACAAAUAUACCAAAAGCUUCGUUUUUUCUCAGAUUCUCGAGUACCCUUUUGCGGAUUUUGGCUGUUUUCGCUGGAAGGAUAUCUAUUGAGCAGAACUUUUGCAGAAUUGUUGGGUGGUUGAAGGUUUGGAAGUUUCUCGAUUGGGGUAGCUUUUGGGUUCGUGAUAGUUUGAAGGGGAUUUGUCAGCUUGCUUGGAAACUCAGAAUUUAGCAUUCCCCAGUUGAUAAUGGUUCAAGAACUCAUGAAAGCUUAGCUCAUGGAUCCUGAAGUCAAAAAGUUUGGAGGAGGACCAAGGGAGUUGACAGGUGCUGUGGAUCUUAUAAGUCAUUUCAAAUUACUACCCCACUAUGAGUUUUUCUGCAAGAGGCCGCUUCCUGUGUCAGUUGCAGACACACACUAUCUUCAUAAUGUAGUUGGGGACACAGAAGUACGAAAAGGAGAUGGGAUGCAACUAGAUCAACUUAUUCAGAACGCAUCUUCCUCCAGAGAUACAAAUGCCCGUAUACAGCCUUUUGACUUGGAUGUUCUCAAGGAGGCUUUCCAACUAAGGGAAACAGCUCCUGUUGAUUUGCCUGCUGCGGACAAAGGGAUUCCAACUAUUGCAGGAAAAUCAAAAAGUGAAAAUAAAGACAAGGAGAAGAAGCAUAAGAAGCACAAAGACAGGGGGGACAAGGACAAGGACAAGGAUAAGGAGCAUAAGAAGCACAAACAUCGUCAUAAAGAUCGAAGCAAAGACAAAGAUAAGGACAAGGACAAAAAGAAAGAUAAAAGUGGGCAUCGUGAUUCCAGUGCUGAUCACUCCAAGAAACACCAUGAUAAGAAAAGGAAGCAUGAUGGAGACGAUGAUGUUAAUGAUAUGCACAAACACAAAAGGAGUAAGCAUAAGAGUUCAAAAAUUGAUGAAUUGGGGGCAAUAAAGAUUGCAGUCUAAUACAGUUACAUACUUUAGUUCACUUCUUUUCCUCAAUUGGUUAUUGUCAUUUGUUUGGAGGAGUCUUUGACUUGGAUCAUCAGAUUUCUUGAGAGUAGCUAGUGUUCUGACUAAAGUGUAUCAUGAAGGUGAAUUCACCUGAUGAAGGGAAAGGAUGAAAGGUAAAAUUUGCAGAAGGAAACUGUUAUUUGUACAAUAACAAUUAUCUUUUUUAUGACUGCUAGUAAUUUGCAAAACUUUGGUGGUUUUCCUUUUCCCCAGUUUUUUGGCGCACCGGAUAUCUCAACUUGUAUGAUUAUUUGGAUUUCUUUUAAAAACAUUCCGUAGUCUGUUUAUAAACUAAUCAAGUUUAAACUA